CUGAUGCGUAAGCAUAACAACAUAGAAUAUCGGUUGCAUCAUUUUGGUUCUCUUCCUCGAAGUGUCGUUUUACUCGCCUUCAACUGUAAGAAGGAUCAGCUUUUGGAUAUCGGGUCGAACUCCAUUUGAACCUAUCCUGACCCGGUUUCGAAUAGCUCUACUUGAUCCAAAUGUUAGUGACUGUCCCGGCCCGGCCCUAGAACUCUUCCCAACAGUAUCGUUUUUACCUUUGCCUGUCUCCCUCGCUCAUUCGCCACCCGCAUUCGCCACCACGUUUCACCGACGACAAAUCUUCGAUCCGCAAAAAAAAUCCUUUGAACCUUGUCAUUGCCUACAGCCAGCCCCAACCGUAGAAAUCUCUACUCAUGAUUGCCAUUCGUACUUCUCAGAGUUGGGCGCUGCCGUUCGUUGCUAGGCAAUUUUCCAAAAUCAACUCUCAAGAGCUUUUCGUCCCUCUCAGGUACUAUUCUCAAAAGAUCGAGAGCCGUGACGAUGAAGAACUGGAAGCUAAUGUUGAGCGAAGACUCUCCACUAAAACCAAGAAGGCUAAAUCCAUUGCGCGACUCAUAAACACCAAAUCAUGGUCAAGUGAGCUAGAGUCUUCUCUCUCAUCUCUUUCUCCCUCAUUUUCUAAAACCACUGGCUUCCAAGUUCUUCGCCUUAUCAAAGUUCCAUCAAAAGCCCUUAAAUUCUUCAAUUGGCUUCCUCAAAUGGGUUUCACCCACAAUGACCAAUCCUAUUUCUUGAUGUUAGAAAUCUUGGGUCGCGCUCGGAACCUUAAUGUAGCGCGUAAUUUCUUGUUUUCCAUCAAGAGAAAGUCUAAUGGGACGGUUAAGCUUGAGGACAGGUUCUUUAAUAGCUUAAUCAGAAGUUAUGGUCGAGCUGGGUUGUUUCAAGAGUCUGUAAAGCUUUUUACUUCGAUGAAAUCUGUUGGAGUUUCCCCAUCUGUGGUUACAUUUAAUAGUCUUUUGUUGAUUUUGCUUAAACGUGGACGCACCAAUAUGGCCAAGAGUGUAUUCGACGAAAUGCUGAGCACGUAUGGUGUUGCGCCUGAUACAUAUACCUUUAACAUUCUGAUUAGAGGGUUCUGCAAGAAUUCAAUGGUUGAUGACGGGUUUAGGUUUUUCCAGAAAAUGUCGAGUUUUAACUGUGAUCCUGAUAUUGUGACUUAUAAUACGCUUGUUGAUGGGUUGUGUAGAGCAGGAAAGGUUAAGACAGCACACAAUGUGGUUAAGGGGAUGGUUAAGAAAAGUGAAGAUUUGAAUCCUGAUGUUGUUUCUUACACCACUUUGCUUAGAGGAUAUUGUAUGAAGCAAAAUAUUGAUGAGGCUUUGGUUGUUUUUGAAGAGAUGGUCGACAAAGGAUUGAAACCAAAUGCAGUUACUUAUAACACGCUUAUUAAAGGCCUUUGUGAAGUCCAGAAGAUUGAUAAGAUCAAAGAGGUUUUGGAGGGAGCCUUGGAGGUUGGAGGAUUUUCUCCUGAUACCUGUACUUUGAAUACAUUGAUGAAUGGACAUUGCAAUGCAGGGAAUUUGAACGAGGCCUUGAAGGUUUUUGAGAAGAUGAUGGAGUGGAAGGUCCAGCCAGAUUCUGCUACGUACAGUGUUCUGGUUAGGAACUUGUGUCACAUAGGGGACUUUGAGAGAGCAGAGAAAUUGUAUGACGAGCUGCUAAAGAAGGGCAUUUUAUUAAGAGAUGAUGGUAGUACGCCUCUUGUUGCAGCCUACAAAUCCAUGUUUCAGUUUUUGUGUAAAAAUGGGAAGACUAGCAAGGCAGAAAGGGGGUUCAGGCAACUAAUGAAAAGGGGAACACAAGAUCCUACUUCUUACAAGAUUUUGAUAAUAGGGCAUUGUAAGGAAGGCACAUUUGAAGCUGGCUACGAGCUCUUGGUCUUAAUGUUAAGAAGAAAUUUUGAUCCUGAUUCUGAGAUCUACCAGUCGCUGAUUGAUGGUCUCUUGCAGAAGGGUGAGCCUCUUCUUGCUUACCAGACUCUACAGAAGAUGCUAAAGAGCUCCAUUGUUCCUACAACUUCUACUUUCCAUUCUAUACUUGCAGGACUUCUGAAAAAGGGUUAUGCCCAUGAAUCAGCUAGCCUUGUAGUAUUAUUGUUGGAGGGUAAAAUUAGACAAAAUGUUACCCUAUCAACACAUACUGUAAGAUUACUCUUUAGCAAUGGACUGCGAGAUAAAGGAUUUCGGAUUGUUGGGCUACUUUAUGAUAACGGGUACAUGGUUGACAUGAAAGAAUUGAUUAUUUUCCUUUCUCAGAGUAGAAAGUUACUUGAGGCAAACAAAUUGUUGCUAUUUUGUCUGGAGAAACAUCACAAUAUUGAUAUUGAUAUGUGCAACACAGUAAUUGAAGGUCUUUGUAAAAUGAAGAAGCUUUCAGAAGCAUUUGGGUUGUACUAUGAAUUGGUGGAGAAAGGCAAUCAUCAACCGCUGAGUUGCCUAGAAAAUUUGAGAGUUGCCUUAGAAGCUGGGGGAAGAUCAAAAGAAGUAGAGUUUCUAUCUAAGAGGAUGCCAAAUGAGAAACAUGCAAAAGUUCAAGCAUCUCCUCAUAUGGAAACUCAUGAACAUGCCCUUGAUGAGUCACUGAACUCUGGCAUAAGUGCAAUGCUAGAUGUCACAGUCUUUGAUUAUGUGACCAUUUCUUCAAAGUUUUUGCAGAAAAAGAAGUCAUCUUCCUGGCAAACUAUAUUCUAGUUAAACUUGUUGAAGAUGCUAAAAACAGACAGUAACGGUUCUUCAGGGCGCUGUACUUUCCUCACUAGACGUACUCCUACCUUAGGGAAGGCAACAAUACUUGCAAUAGGCAAGGCCUUCCCUAAACAACUCAUUCCCCAGGACUGCCUUGUUGAGGGCUAUAUCCGAGACACCAAAUGUGAUGAUGUAUCCAUCAAGGAGAAAUUGGAGCGGCUUUGUAAAACUACUACUGUGAAGAAAAGAUACACAGUGAUGUCAAAAGAGAUUCUGGAGAAAUACCCUGAACUUGCAACUGAGGGCACACCAACAAUCAAACAAAGGCUUGAAAUAGCAAAUCCUGCAGUCGUUGAGAUGGCAAAGGAAGCAAGCCUUGCUUGCAUCAAGGAAUGGGGAAGACCAGUGGAAGAUAUUACUCAUAUUGUCUAUGUUUCUUCCAGUGAGAUACGCCUACCUGGUGGUGACCUUCAUCUAGCCACUCAGCUAGGCUUAAGAAGCGAUGUUAGUCGAGUAAUGCUAUACUUUUUAGGCUGUUAUGGUGGUGUCACCGGCCUUCGAGUUGCUAAGGACAUAGCUGAAAACAAUCCAGGAAGUCGUGUUUUAUUAACGACUUCUGAAACUACUAUACUAGGUUUUCGGCCCCCAAACAAAGCACGCCCUUAUGAUCUUGUAGGGGCUGCACUUUUUGGCGAUGGAGCUGCAGCUGUUAUAAUUGGAGCCAACCCUGUAAUAGAUAAGGAGUCUCCUUUCCUGGAGCUGAACUAUGCAGUUCAGCAAUCAUUACCAGGUACACAAAAUGUCAUUGAUGGAUGCCUUUCUGAAGAGGGCAUAAAUUUCAAGCUUGGAAGAGACCUUCCUCAAAGGAUUGAAGAUAACAUAGAGGAAUUCUGCAAAAAGCUCAUGUCAAAGGCUGGAUUAACCGAGUUCAAUGAUUUGUUCUGGGCUGUCCAUCCAGGUGGACCAGCUAUACUUAACCGGCUAGAGAGUACUCUGAAGCUAAACACUGAAAAACUAGAGUGCAGCAGGAGGGCUUUAAUGGAUUAUGGAAAUGUUAGCAGCAACACUGUAUUCUAUGUUAUCGAUUACAUGAGAGAAGAAAUGAAGAGAGAUGGAGGUGAAGAAUGGGGACUUGCCUUAGCUUUUGGGCCAGGCAUUACUUUCGAAGGUAUCCUUCUUCGUAGCUUGUGAUCACAUCCAGCAUCCAGCAACCAGCAGCAGCAGCAGCAGCAGCAGCA